UUUUCUAAAUCCUUAAAUCUAAAAUUUUCAAUAUGUUAAGCUGUUGAUUCCAUGUCAUUUUAGUAAUCAGACGCUCCUGGUAAGCUGCGCCUCCCAACGGAAGAUCGUUCGGACCACUUAAGUUUAUUCAAUUCUGCACAUUCAACUGCGUUCCUGCCACGUACAUGGCCAUAACAAUCAAAGUCAAUAUUCAACACUUUAACCCUAUACGCUGGCAACGUUCUUCAGAGCCCAAUAUUAAUUGAAGCAACAAACAUUUGCUCAACCGUUAAAGCAGAAACCGAGUUCGACCAUUCUACUCAAUAUAGACUCAUCUCAUCAUGUCGUUUUCAAACCUUGUUUCUGACCUUGCAUUCAGAGACGCUCAGGAUGACCGAAGUUCUCAAAUAUCCCAUGCACGGUCGCAAGCCACCGCACGAUCAUAUACCAGCACGGCUGCGACCAGCGUUAGCAUAUCUGGUGACAUAUCUAGCCAGCUUCAUUCUGGUUAUAGUCACCCAUUGAGUAGAUCAUGGCAAGCCGAGAAGCAGUUGACCAAGGAGAUGCUCAUCUAUCCCCUAUUUAUUACUGAUAACCCUGAUGAAGAGACGCCUAUUCCAUCCCUUCCAAAUCAGUAUCGCCGAGGGUUGAAUCGAUUAGUUCCCUUUCUAAGACCAUUGGUACAGAAAGGACUGCGUUCCGUGAUUCUGUUCGGUGUCCCUUUGCAUCCAUCUGCAAAGGAUGCGCUGGGAACCGCUGCAGAUGAUCCGACCGGUCCAGUAGUUCAGGCCAUCCGCCUUCUUCGUUCGCGCUUUCCUCAACUUUAUAUCGUGACGGAUGUCUGUCUUUGUGAAUACACCUCACAUGGUCAUUGCGGAAUACUACGUGAGGAUGGGACGCUCGAUAACGCACAAUCCGUUGAUCGGAUUUCAGAUGUAGCCCUCGCCUAUGCUGCCGCUGGUGCUCACUGCGUGGCUCCGUCAGAUAUGAACGACGGCAGAGUCCGCGCCAUAAAGCUCAAGCUUAUUGAAGCUGGUAUUGCUCAUCGUGUCCUCCUGAUGUCCUACAGUGCAAAAUUCAGUGGAUGUCUAUAUGGUCCCUUCCGAGAUGCCGCAGGCUCUUGCCCAUCCUUCGGAGACCGCAGGUGUUACCAAUUGCCUCCAGGUGGCCGGGGACUUGCUCGGCGAGCGAUACAGCGCGAUAUUGGGGAGGGUGCAGACAUAAUAAUGGUGAAGCCCGCUAGUAGCUAUCUGGAUAUCAUACGGGAUGCCAAGGAGCUUGCCAAAGACAUGCCAGUUGCCGCAUACCAAGUUAGCGGAGAGUAUGCCAUGAUACAUGCAGGGGCCAAGGCUGGCGUUUUCGAUCUGAAGUCAAUGGCUUUCGAGAGCACAGAGGGUAUACUACGGGCAGGAGCUGGUAUCAUUGUGAGCUAUUUUGUGCCCGACUUUCUGGAUUGGCUUUCUUAAGCUAUUGUGAUAAGACCGAGCUAAAUCAUGACUGUAACGAGUGUGCCCACUUUGCUGUUUAUCUCCCCCCCCCCCCAAUUAUGUUUUUGUCUUUUGCAUGUCAAAGUCCAUCUAUCUGAUUGGGCCUGUCGAUCGAUCGAAAAGCAUCAAUUU